UACAAACCACAAAGCCACCGAACAUAAUCCCCCACGCCGAGUUAAGGAUCCCUCGUUCUAGUCUUUGGUAAGUGUUGCUGUCCCUCUGUCGAAUUUUUGACGCCAUUGCCCGAUCAACGAACCCGCGACUGCACCGACGAAUUUUUGUGCGAAAAGUUGGCAAUUUCCCCUUCCCACAGACACCCAAAUCCGAGCUCGCCAAAUCAGCUCUGCGCGCGAUCCUAGCUCCCACCACUACCACCACCACACCAGAAGCACCCCGCAGCUAACAAUUUUUUUCUUCCCUCGGUUCAGCAGUCGACAAAAUGGCCAACCCCCGCGUUGAAGAGCUUCCCGAUGACGAGACCAAGAAGGUCUCCGUCGAGGAGCACGAGGACGAGAGCUCCGACUCCGAGAUUGAGGGCGAGGAUGCCGAGGGCCUUCCCUCCGGCUCCACCGCCGUCAUCCACUCCCGCAACGAGAAGAAGGCCCGCAAGGCUCUCGAGAAGCUGCACCUGACCAGAGUGCAGGGCAUCACCCGCGUCACUCUCCGCCGCCCCAAGAACAUCCUCUUCGUCAUCAACAGCCCCGAGGUUUACAAGUCCCCCAACAGCAACACCUACAUCGUCUUCGGUGAGGCCAAGAUCGAGGACCUCAACGCUACUGCUCAGCAGGCCGCCGCCCAGCAGCUCGCCGCUGCUGGUGGUGAGCACGACCACGCCGGCCACGACCACUCCAGCCACGGCAAGGCCGUCGAGGCUGACGCCGAGGCCAAGAAGGACGAGGAGGAGGACGAUGGUGAGGAGGUUGAUGCCGAGGGCAUCGAGGACAAGGACAUUGAGCUCGUCAUGACCCAGGCCAACGUUAGCCGGAAGAAGGCUAUCAAGGCUCUGAAGGAGAACGACAACGAUAUCGUCAACUCUAUUAUGGCAUUGAGUAUUUAGCGGCGGCCCCGGUCAAAGGUAGUUUCUCAAAAUCUCGACACAGCAAAAAGGACGGAACGGGUUGGCAUGUACAAUUCCCAGGGAGUUGACUCCGAAAAGUCUCUUUCGCAAUGAGAGGUCAUGAUAAUCGGC